CUGGAAACUUCUCUGCCCUCCUUUUAAGCGGUUGUCAGAUGCCAGCCAGACAGCGAGACAACGUGGACCUGAUAGCCCUCAGUCUGGUCGGGUACAAGUGUGACUGGUUCACAGCGACAGCAGUCUCCACAAGCUGUAGCGUGUGUUGUAUUCCCAUUAAGCAGCAUUAAUUGGCUGCACAAAAGUAGUUUGCUUUAGCAACCACUACUAUCAGCCAGUGUUAGGUUGCUUUGAGUUGUGCUGCAGGUCAGAGUAGGAGGGGGGAAAACUGCUUCAUGACAAUGACUGCGGAGGAGCAGACAAGUGAAGGACAGCACACCAUCCCAAUGGAGGGAGAGGACAUUACGCCAAAGAAAGACGGGGGUGUUUUAAAGCUGGUGAAAAGGGAAGGCACAGGCACAGAGCUGCCUAUGACCGGUGACAAAGUGUUUGUACAUUAUGUGGGCACACUUCUGGAUGGUACUCUUUUUGACUCGAGCAGAGACAGGGGAGAGAGGUUCUCCUUUGAGUUGGGCAAAGGUCAAGUCAUAAAGGCAUGGGACAUUGGUGUAGCCACAAUGAAAGUGGGCGAGGUGUGCCAGCUCAUCUGUAAGCCAGAGUUAGCAUAUGGAUCUGCAGGCAGCCCACCCAAGAUCCCCCCCAAUGCCACACUUGUGUUUGAGGUGGAACUGUUUGAAUUUCGAGGGGAGGACGUAACUGAUGAAGAGGACGGAGGAAUUAUCCGUCGCAUCAUCACUAAAGGGUCGGGAUAUACCAAGCCUAAUGAAGGAGCUGCUGUUGAAGUAACGGUGGAAGGUACCUGUGAGGGACGCGUGUUUGACGAGAGAGAACUGAAGUUUGAGAUCGGAGAUGGAGAAGGUCUUGGCUUACCCGCUGGAGUGGAGAAGGCUAUCAUGGCUAUGGAGCAGGGAGAAGAAGCUCUCUUCACCAUCAAGCCCAAGUAUGGCUUUGGGAAUGCAGGAAAUGCAAAAUAUAACAUUCCCGGUGGGGCAACGUUGCAGUACAAGAUCAAGCUGGCAGCCUUUGAGAAGGCAAAGGAGUCAUGGGAGAUGAACGCAACAGAGAAGCUGGAACAGAGUGUCAUUGUCAAAGAGAAGGGCACACAGUAUUUUAAGGAGGGAAAAUACAAGCAGGCAUCAGUGCAGUAUAAAAGGAUUGUUUCAUGGCUGGAACAUGAAUCUAGUUUGUCAGAGGAGGAUGAGAAGAAAGCGAAAACAUUACAACUGGCUGCACAUCUGAACUUGGCCAUGUGCUUCCUCAAACUUCAGGAGCCAAACCAAGCUCUAGAAAACUGUGACAAGGCUCUGGAGUUGGAUGCAUCCAAUGAGAAGGCUUUGUUCCGGAGGGGAGAGGCGCUGUGUGGUAUGAAGGAGUUUGACAAGGCAAGAGACGACUUCCAGCAAGUCGUUCAACUGUAUCCUGCCAACAAGGCUGCCAAGAGUCAGGUGGUUCUUUGUCAGAAAUACAUUAAGCAGCAGCAUGAGAAGGACAAACGCAUCUACGCCAACAUGUUCCAGAAGUUUGCAGAGAGGGAUUCAAAGAAAGAAGCAGAGAAGAUGAAGGGCGACACCAAGGAGAACGGCAACGACAACAUGGAGGUUGAGAACAGAGAAAAGGAAGUUGAGAGUGAAGCAAAAGCGUAAAUGUUUCAGAUGAUGUGACUGUAUUACGGUUCAUCUGUACUUCAGACUUUUGUAACUUCAGCCAUUUGUGUUUAAGGAGUGACUGUUGAAAUAUGUGUGUGUGAGAGCGAGCGUGUCAACGAGAGCACUGACUUAUGGGCGCGUCUUUGCUGGCUUUCUUUGUGUCCGGGCUUUUUGCUGUGGCAGCUAGCCGAGCGGGUGGGGCUUACCCAGCUGAUGGCACUGUUGGGACGUGGUUUUAAUAAAUGAAUUGUGUGCCACCACCCCACCCCCGAACCCUUUCAACCCACAGCUUUGAACUGUGCAUGUGUUUUCAUAGCUUUUUUUUUUGUUUUUGGAGGUGGGUGGGGGUGUAGGGAAAAGAAGUGCAUCUAGGUGUUUUGUGCAGAAUAUCAACCCCUCACCCGUCAAGGGCUAGACCAUUCACCUUGCACUACCCUCUGUCCUCUACCCCUCCUCACGUUUUUUUUUUUUUUUUUUUUGCUAAUCCAUCCAACCCUCCUCUCAUGGGCCUACUGAUCAAUUUCUGGAGUUGUGAUGGCUGUGUUCUUAGAUUUGAUGUGUUUUGAAUGUUAGUGUGCCUGUGUCCCAAAAGUAAGUAUGUAGCAGCACUGUGGAUAGGUGGAGUAAUAAGACGUUAGCCUGGAAUAGCUGUCGGACUUCAAGCUUCUCUCUCAUUCUAAAGAUGGAGCGCCCUUUUAGCCCCCCUCCCCCCCAGGGUACAGGACUGUUUACCUUUUUUGCUUUGGAAAUAUUGACUUUGUACUUAUUUUUUUUCCCCUCAGUGUUGUGCUUGUGAUUUCUGUAUUGUUCUCAAAAUGAUGAAUACAACAAACUGGAAUAUGUGCAUUUUAAAGCAGCUAGUAACGACAUUCAUUAGCUUCUCCUGGACACACUCAAGUAAUGAACAGUUCAGUCUUAGUCUUAAUUUACUGUAUUAAGUACUUGUACGAACGUGCGCACAUCAGAUUCAGGCUGUUAAAAAGACUGUGCGCCAGAGGAAGAUGUGAGCCCUGUUCCAUUUUAGUCAACAGCACCUGUAUAGAGGGGCAGAAACUAAACUAGGGGGCUAAUUUAAAACAGAGCUGUGGGUCAUGUGUUGAGUUUAUAUUUGUCUGUUGGAAGGGUCACUGCUUGGUCUGGCUUGACCAAAGGAUAUAAUAAACAAUAGCUAUAAAGUGA